AAGUCAACUACAAAACUAAAAAAUAUUGAUAUAAGUUGAGGCUCCCACAAAUUCUGUCCAUCCAGUUGUUUUCAAUACCCCUCUCUCUCUCUCUCUCCUCUCUCUCUAAACUCGGAAUUUCUUCUCCGCCUGCUCCGGCGUCGUUUCACCAUGACUCGAGGAAAUCAAAGGGAAAAAGAUCGAGAAAGAGCUCAAGCUCGUAAUGCCAAAAACAAAAAUAAAGAUGAUGGGUUGACCCCUGAGCAGCGUCGUGAAAGAGACGCGAAGGCGCUUCAGGAGAAGACCGCGAAGAAGGCAGCUCAGGCGGCAGGGGGUAGUGAUGCUGGAGGUAAGAGCAUCAAAAAAUAGGGAAUUCUCUGGUUGAUGAUUUUCUCGAUUCGAGUUAUUGUAACCCUCUCGUAAACUCUUCUGUGUUUUCAUAUGUAAUGGUGAACUAUCAUUCUAUGGCACUCUUUUCCAAUGAAGUAUAAGUGAAGAAAUACUACAAUUGUUAUCUA